AUGGUCUACCUGGUCCGGGCCCUAGCCCUCCUUGCCCUUCCGGCAGGCCUUCUGGCCGAGGGCAAAGCUUACAGACGAGACACUACCAGUUCGGUCACGACUACGGUAACAGCCGGAGCGCUGCCAACCGGAUUCGCGAAGAUCGCGUCCACGAUCGAGGAGCCCACCGUCGUCGAAGGCGCCUACGUCGUCGUGUUCCAGGACGACAAAAGUUAUAAGGCCACGGGGAGCAAGACAACACUUCGCAAGAAGUUCUCCGCCGACCUGCUCAACGGCGUCUCGAUCCAUCUGCAGAGCAACGGCAGCAGUGAGGAUGCGCAGGCCGUCAUAGCCCAGCUUCCCGAGGUGCGGGCCGCGGAGCCCGUCCGGAUCUACGCGCUUCCCAAGAUCAAUGUGGUGGCGAGCGCCACUAACUCGUCCGAGAUACUCUCGCUCCUUGACAAGAGACAGAGGCCGACCGAGAACAACUCGUCGUCCACCCACCUCUCGACCCAGGUUACCCAGCUGCGCGAUCUCGGCUACACUGGAAAGGGAGUCAAGAUUGCGAUCAUCGACGCACCGGUCGACUACAACCACCCAGCUCUCGGUGGCUGUUUCGGAGAGGGCUGUUUCGGAGAGGGCUGUUUCGGAGAGGGCUGUUUCGGAGAGGGCUGUUUCGGAGAGGGCUGUUUCGGAGAGGGCUGUUUCGGAGAGGGCUGUUUCGGAGAGGGCUGUUUCGGAGAGGGCUGUCUCGUUUCGUUCGGACGAGACUGCCUCGAGCCCGUCGACGUCGACAAUACCGAUCCGAGCUGCAAGAGCCACGCGACGGCGUUGGCCGGCGUGAUAGCAGCCCAGGAGAACGCCGUCGGGUUCACGGGCGUGGCGCCCGGCGUGCAGCUAGGGAGCUACGGGAUCUCGGGCUGCACCGUGGGCGGCGACGACGAGAAGCUCCUCGCGGCGCUGCAGCAGGCCGUCGACGACAACGUCCACAUCGUCGUGUACUCGCUGGGCUUCGGCAACGGCUGGACCAACCUCGCCCUGAACCUGGCCUUCGACAACAUGGCCGCCAAGGGCAUCAUGAUCGUGGUCGCUGCCGGAAACGACGGCGGCAGCGGCAUCUUCCACACCGCGAGCGGCGCCGACGCAACGGACGCCUUUGGUGUCGGCUCGGUCGACGGCGACCAGGACAUUGCUUUUGCCAAUAUCACGACCUACACCGCCACCGCUGUCGGCGGGUCUGUUUCGUUCGACUGGCGAGACGGCGAGUCGCCGAACAAUGCUGGCUGGGGCAACAUAGUACUCCCGCUUUGGACGAACCUGGACGCAGAUGCGUGCCAGCCGCUCCCCGAUGACACGCCUGAUUUGAGCGAGCGUAUUGUGCUCCUGCGUCGCGGGGGCUGCUCCGACGACGACAUCGCCACCACAGCCGGGGAAAAGAACGCCAAGUACGUUAUCUACAGCGACACCGACGCGGGCCUGCGGAUCGAGGUGCCCCGUGUAACGGAAACCUCGCUCCUCGCACUCGCCAUGGUGGACGUAGCCACGGGCGCCAGCUGGUUUCAGCUGCUACAGUCGGGCGCCGACGUGGUCGUGAACAUGACUACCACGGCCAACGGACCGCAGCGGCAGCUAGUCAGCGACGCCUACCACGGCGGUCGCAUGAGCUCCUUCAGCCAGUGGGGGCCGACAUUCGACGGAUACCUCGCCACGCAAGUGUCAGCGCCCGGGACCAGUAUACUCACCACGGCGCCCGUCGAGGAAGGGAAGUCUCUAUACGUCAUUACGGCCGGCACCUCUGUCGCCGGCCCUUUCGCCGCCGGCGUUGCCGCCUUGGUGGCCGAGGCACGGCAGACCCAGGACCGCAAAGUCCUCUCGAGCCUCCUGGCCACCACGGCCAAGCCCCUCGUCCGGGCCACUCCGAGUGACGACUGGGACACACCUGGAAACGAACUUGCCUCGGUGGCACAGCAGGGAGGCGGGCUCGUCCAGGCGUACAAUGCCGCCUUCGCGCCCAGCGUGAUCAGCGUCAACACCCUGCAGUUCAACAACACCGAACACCGCACGACGCUCAGUUUCACCAUCACGAACGAGUCCCCCGACGCCAUCACGUACGACCUGUCAAACAUUCCGGCGGGCACCGUGUACACCUUCACGGAGACCGACCUCAAAACCCCAGCAGACUACGACGACAUCACGAACACCCUGUACACCAAAGAUGCCGCCACCCUCCAGUUCAUGCCCGGCGCGCAGGUGACGGUGCCAGGCAACAGGGGUUCGGUCGAGGUGGAGGUCGUCGCAUCCGAACCCCCUAACGCCAACCUCACGCGGCUGCCCGUGUGGUCGGGGUACAUUGCUCUCAACGGCACCGACGGAUUCGACUACACCCUCCCUUACAUGGGCAUCGGCGGGAGUCUGGACGACACCCCUGCGCUCAACACCCUGACAUGGCGGCUGACCGACCCGAACGCAGGUCCGGGCGAGGAGCCGCGCCCCGUCAUCGAGCCGGGCAGGAUCGUCAAUAUGCCGGCGGAACAGCCCAUCUUGCAGGUUAGCAUUGGCAUGGGCCUCAGAACAGUGGCUUGGGACGUCGUCAGCGCAGACUCCGGCGCGGUACUUGGCCCAACCGGUAUCCCUUCAUUCGAGCGAGCCACACGGGCGAACUACCUGGUCACAUGGGACGGAAAAUUCCAGAACGGGACCCAAGUCCCCGCUGGGGCGGUGAAGGUUGUGGCCAAGUCUUUGAAGACGUUCGGGUCCGAGGAGAACGAGGAUGACUGGUUGAGCCUUGAGUCUGCGGAGCUCGACAUAGCUUGGUCGAGUUAA